UGGGAAUUAUAUAUUCCAGCAUGCUGUUGUGGUUGUAUCUUUACCCAUGUAUUCAUGCAGGUAUCUUUGGAUUUAAUUUUCCAUUACUUGUUUUAUGGUUGAAUACUGAUUAGAAAAGAAUAUAGAAACUUCUAUUUAAUACUGUCAUUGGAACUCCAAAAGGUUCCCUCCCAAUCAUCAUUUUUCCUUCCUGAUAACUCUUUCAUCAUCUCUAACAGCCUCCUUUAAACUGCAAAGCUGGCGAGCACAAUGGGAAAAAAACAAAACAAGAAGAAAGUGGAGGCGGUCUUAGAAGAAGAAGAGGAGGAAUACGUGGUGGAGAAAGUUCUUGACAGGCGGGUAGUGAAAGGCAAAGUGGAGUACUUGCUGAAGUGGAAAGGCUUUUCAGAUGAAGAUAAUACAUGGGAGCCAGAGGAGAAUCUCGAUUGCCCUGACCUAAUUGCGGAGUUCCUGCAAUCCCAGAAAACAGCACAUGAAAGUGACAAGUCGGAGGGAAGCAAGCGCAAGGCUGACUCCGACUCUGAGGAUAGGGGGGAAGAAAGUAGACCAAAGAAAAAAAGAGAAGAGGCUGAAAAGCCUCGAGGGUUUGCAAGAGGGUUUGAGCCAGAACGGAUUAUUGGUGCCACAGAUUCCAGCGGGGAGCUCAUGUUCCUAAUGAAAUGGAAAAACUCAGAUGAAGCUGAUCUGGUUCCUGCCAAGGAAGCUAACAUCAAGUGUCCACAGGUGGUCAUCUCAUUUUAUGAGGAAAGACUCACAUGGCACUCUUAUCCCUCGGAGGAUGAUGAUAAGAAGGAUGAAAAGAAUUAAGUGGCUUGCCCUUCUGUCCUCAUCCCUCCUUUGGCUGACUUUUGUAUUAAAAAAACAGACUAUGGGUUUGAAUAUGAGGGAGAAGUGAAGAGACACUUGGCUGAGGAGGAUGCCCUCUGUAGAAAUAGGACAAGAUCUCUGCUUGGGUGUGCAUGUGCAUAUUCAUCUGUCACCUUGAUUGGAGGAAUGAA